CAGGGGCACAGACUUCCACAUUCUCCAGACAGCCAAAUGUUUUUUCUUUGACAUAAAGGAAUGGAACAGGAAAUUUAGGGGGCUUCACUUUCUAUAAGGCAAAAAAUGGCAUUUUGUCCUUGCCUGUGAAAGGCACUAUAGGCUACAUUCGGAAAAGCCUGACCAAAUUCCAAACUUGUGGAGUCCCAAAAGUCUGACUGCUAGUGGCACAGGAUCAGGGUGACAAUGCUGCUUCACUGGGUGUUGGGCAUAGUGGUCGGGGUUUCCCUGGUAACAACCAGCCUCUCUCAGAGUGGGGAUGGGGAGUGGGGCUCAGGAGACCCCCUCUUAGCUCCGAACCACAACUUCACCGGGGUGCCGAGGGACCAGCCAGCGGACAGCGCCCCGCAGUACACGCCCGACAGCUGCUCCAUGCACUUCCACACGUGCCCCACCUCGCCCCGCUGGCUCCGCGCCCAGAGGGAGGAGCUCAGCUACCUGCGGGCCAUCCAGCACGGCAACCAGGCCGUGAUGGAAAACCUCAUCCAGUAUGUCAGCGCCGAGAUGGGCGAGCAGCGCUACCAGGAGGUGAUCCAGGAGAACAUCGCCGGCAUCAAGGAGGACCACCUCACUUGUGAGGGCAUAGUGCAGAAGAUCACAGAGAACCUGGAGACCCAGCUAGAGGGAGAAGCCCUGGAAUCUCUGGCAGAGGCACAGAAAAUCAAAGAAGAGUCCUUGGCCUUUGAGGACAUGCUCCGCACAGCAGCAGACAUAGCAAAGAGACUGGAGAGCUCAUCACAGGCGCUGUAUGCCUCCUUCACCAAGCAGCUGAAAAAGACACUGGUCAUUCACCGCUAACUCAUCUUCACGGUGUUAUUUGCUCU